AAACAGGAGAGAGGAACCGCCUAUCGCUGUUAAAGUAGGGUCAAAGUCUCAAAGCUCGACUACACAGACAGGCGCGAUUUCACUUCAACAAGAGGAUUUUUAUUCACUUAUUAUUAUUAUAACAAAGUCUACUAUUUGUCAAACCGAUGGCUCCACUGCCGAAAUGCAGCAUUUUGAUCCUGCUGGGCUUCUUCUUCUUCUUCUUAACGCUGGAUCCUGUGGGGGCUGAAGGAAAAGGGUCAGGGUUACGGAGACAGAAACGACACUGGAUCACCGCUCCCAGAAAGCUGAACGAGAACCACGAUUACACCGGCUUGGAGAGUAUCGCUAGAAUUCGCUCUGAUAAGGAAAACUAUACAAAGAUAUUUUAUUCUCUGUUGGGGCCUGGUGUUGACAAGCCCCCUACGGGCGUGUUUGGAGUCAACCGUGAAACUGGCUUUGUGAAAAUCUAUUCCAUUCUGGACCGAGAGAACAUCGCCUCAUAUCAUUUAAAAGGUGUCGCAACAUUCGCCGACGGGUCCUUGGCUGAAAGGGAUAUUGACCUUAUGAUUACUGUUUUGGAUGAGAAUGACUGCCCACCAGUCAUUAAAGUACAGCAAGUCGGAUCUGUCAAUGAGUCAAGUGCAGCAGGUACUGUUGUGAUGAGAGUGAUAGCUACUGAUGCUGAUCAGGAGAACACAGCAAACUCCCAGAUCCACUACAGCAUUGUGGAGUCUAGUAACACAGCAGGGCUGUUCUCCAUCAACUCUCAGACUGGAGAGGUCAUGGUUCGACAGAACACUCUAGAUAGGGAGAGACAAGAUUCAUAUACGUUGACUAUAAAAGCCUCAGACUUGAAUGGAGAAGUGGGAGGAAACUCAGGGACCGGCGAUAUUACGGUCAAAAUUCUGGACAUAAAUGACAAUAUUCCAACCCUGGAAAAAGAAUCGUAUGAAGGGAGCGUGCAGGAGAACACCGCCAACGUGGAAGUGAUGAGGAUUAACUCCGUUGACAUGGAUCUGAUUCACACUGACAACUGGCGGGCUGUGUACCAGAUCGUUUCAGGGAAUGAGGCCGGCUAUUUCACUAUCACCACGGAUUCUACGACCAAUGAAGGAGUUAUCAUGUGUAACAAGGCCUUGGACUAUGAGGAACUCAAAAUGCUCAACUUGGAAGUGGCUGUUGCCAACAAAGCAGAGUACUAUUUUGGCAGUAGGGUCGUGACCUUGCCCACAACCCCUAAAGCCUACCCCGUUAAAAUCAACGUGAUCAAUGAGAAGGAAGGCCCCCGAUUCCAACCGAGUGUCAAAGUGGUGACUCUCUCUGAGGAACACACUUCCGUCUCCAUUAACAAAGUCAUCGCCACCUACGCUGCUAUUGACAGUGACACACUACAGACAGCCACCAACGUAAGGUAUGCUAAAAUCAAAGAUGAUGACAACUGGUUGACUAUUGAUGAAAGGACAGCAGAAAUCAAGCUGAAAAAAAUGCCUGACAGAGAGUCUACGUUCUUGGUCAAUGGAACAUAUUAUGCCAAAAUUAUAUGCAUCACCACUGAUAGUCCCUCAAAAACUGCCACGGGGACCAUAGCCAUCCAGGUGGAGGACUUUAAUGAUAACUGUCCGAUACUGACCACUACCAAUCACACCAUGUGCCUCGAGGCUAAUGUGAUCUACGCCACAGCCGUAGACAAAGACGAGUACCCCAAUUCUGCACCGUUUGAGUUCACUGUGAUUCAGGGGAGCGGCAAGGGGAAAUGGACAGUGGAGCAUCUUAAUGAAACCACGGCCAUUCUGCGAGACCAAGCCAACUUGUGGCCAGGCAUGUACAAAGUGGCAGUGGAGGUCAAAGACCAGCAGGGAAAGUCAUGUGAUGCUGUUCAGAUGAUAGAUGUGACUGUGUGUAAUUGCGAUGACUUCACCAAAAGAUGUUUGUCACACGAGACAAAGACUGCGGGUUUUGGAGCUUCAGGUAUCCUGCUUCUGCUCCUGGGACUGCUGCUUCUGCUGUUGCUGCCUCUUCUGCUGCUGUUCUGCCUGUGUGGAGGUGCAGCAGCUGCUGGAAAUUUUAAGUCCAUUCCAUUUGAUACGAAACAACAGCUCAUCCCAUAUCACACUGAGGGGCAGGGAGAAGACAAGGAAGUUCCUCUUCUUCUUGCGCCAGUGCAAGUUUAUCCUGGCACGAUGAAUACCAAUACUUUCAACACCCUUGAGGGAAAGGGUUACGUAGGAGAACUGAAUGCAUUGGGAGGCGCAGCAGGUGGAGCCGGUGCCCUGAACUAUUCCACCUUGACAACCAAUGACAUGUACCUGCACGACAAAUAUGGCCAUUCUGGUGGGCAGGUGGGGAUGGACUACAUGGACGGUGGGACGAUGACAGGACAAGAACACCGUUUCUCCACAUACAGGGCUGGGGCCUUUGAUGGGAUGGCUCUAUCUCAUCAGUACCUGGGGGAGUACUAUGCAAGUAAAUCCAGCCAUGCUGCACAACAAUCCCAUCAGAAGGACAGUCUGCUGAUCUACGACUAUGAGGGUCAGGAGUCCCUGGCAGGUUCUGUAGGUUGCUGCAGCCUUCUUGAGAAUGAUAAUGACCUUGCCUUCCUGAAUGACCUUGAUCCUAAAUUCAAAACCCUGGCUGAGAUCUGUCAGGGGUCAACCUUGGCAACAGAGUCUGUGGACGCAGGGGUUUUUAUCUCUCCACCCAGACCAGUGUCUCCUGUCUGGCCCUCCACCUCCACCUCCACCCACACACAUGUCAACACUCACACAGAAUCAAUCAGGGACAGGGACCACGUCAACAUUAACACCCUCAACACCCUCAAAACCUCCAAUGUAGCGUCUGGAUCCUCCACCGUCGUGCAGGAGGAGCUAAUCUCUGCGAGAGCCACCGCUCCCAUGGUACAUGUCCAAGACAACAUUGUGGUUCCCAGUCAGACGAUGCUCAUACAGCAGCCCGCUAUGUACUAUGCUGCCUCGCCCAUGUAUGUAGUCGAGUCCAAGCCCCAAAUGGUGCUUGUGGCAGGGGGGGCCCAGCAGACAGUGGGUCACGUAGGCCAAGUUGGGCUAAGUCAGGGGCUGGUGCAGGUUGGUGGCCUGCAAAGUGGUCAGGGGCUGGUGCAGGUUGGUGGCAUGCAAGGUGGUCAGGGGCUGGUGCAGGUUGGUAGCAUGCAAGGUGGUCAGGGGCUGGUGCAGGUUGGUGGCCUGCAAGGUGGUCAGGGGCUGGUGCAGGUUGGUGGCCUGCAAGGUGGUCAGGGGCUGGUGCAGGUUGGUGGCCUACAAGGUUCUCAGGGUAUGGUCCUUGUAGAUAGGCAAGUAGGAGUGGGUGGAGUGACUGGGCAGGUAGCACAAGGCCGUUCACAAGGAACCCUCUCCAGGUCCACACAUGUGUUGGUGACGGAGAAUGGGUCCUCAGGUGGAGUGCAAGGUGCACAUUUAGCACAGGGCAUUGUUCAGACAGGACAUGGGUCUGCAGAGCAGGGUUUGGAAAUUAGAGGUCAAGGUUUGCAGUUUUCACUGGCUUCCCGCGGUUCUACGGGGUUAAAUGAGGACUUUGCUGUAACAGCCACACCCAAAUUGCAUGAAAGCCAGAGAGUGGUUGUGCAACGCAAGAAAGUGUCAGUCACUGAGAGAAAUAUUGAAUCUAGUUCGAGAGCGUAAAGCAGCCUGUUUGUUUAGCAUACCCACUAAUGUCACACUUGUUAGGAGAUAUACUGAAAUAUAUUUCAGUGUACUAAAAUACAGUACAGUAUAUAAAUACAUAUAUGUUCAUACAGAUAGAUUAUGGUAAAACUGGUAAAAGGGAUAGUUUAGUCUGCUGGACCAAAUGUGCAAUACUGUAUGUCAUCAUCUAUUGAUCACUCUACUGCUCAAAGUAGUUAACACCACAUGACUAUCACAGCCAUAGAAGUUGAUUUGAUGUCCAUAUUAAUGUUGUUUUGGAAAAUGACUGGCAUUUGUUGAUAUCAAAAAGUGCAUUCAUUUCUUGUAUGCUACCUGCUGGAACAAGGCUUUGUCAACAUUAGUUGAGAGUGUGUACUUCACAGUGUCAGUGUUAAGUAAAGAAUUGGGAUAAAGCAACUGAUUUUAAGAGGCAUUAUAGGACAAUGAGUGGUUACACCCCAGCCGAGGUAAAACCUCAGCAAUUGUCAUUUCCCUCUUUCUCCUGUCCCAAGAAUGACCAGUGAGACACCAAAUGACAGCCCUAAAAGCACUGUAAUUACUUCAAGUACAAAAGUAGUUUAGCUUCAGGGUGGGAACAGCCAAAGUAAACAUAACAGAAGUACAGUAAACAAAAAUCAAGCACAUCUGACCUUAUCUCCUAACUAAAGAUACACUGGAAAAAGCAGAGCACAAACAGAAAGGUUACUUGCCCCAUCAUCUCAAAUAUCUCAGCACCUGGCAAAUAGUAAUGUCAUUGGUACGGAUUAAAAUCAUACUUAUUGCUCUUCUAGCUUAGAACAGCACAGAGCAUGGAGCUCAUAGAAUCCAGAUCUUUAGUGACUUGCCAACAGUUCUGCUUAAAUGACUAUAAUUAUACCGUAAGUCGUUAGACUUGAAAAAGCACAAUCAUUAUGAGGUAGAACAAAGUUUCUGUAGCAACAAUAAUGUUGCAUCUAUCCACAUAGGCUUUGAACACUGGAUCCAGUGCUCCGAGUGCUGUAUUUUCAUAGUGUGGUGUGACUCUAAAGAUGCUUUGGUUGCAUUUGUGUUAAUAUUUUAGCUUUAGCCAUGCCAUUAGCCGUUCUGCUGACCUUUAGGUUGUUGUUGAACUUUAUGAGUUAUACUGUAACUAAUCAGGAGAUGUCACUAUAUCUGUUGUGGGUGGCCACUGCUUGGAACGUAGAUAAAUGCUGAUUGUACUGUAAGACUGAUGAAAGAACCCUAGGGAUAUGACUGUUUUUAUCAAUAGAUAACAUAGUCACAGACUAUAAACAAAAGAAGAGAAUACCUACACAAAUUCUCUAUUUUAUUGUUGCACUUUUUAUAUUAUUCUUUUUUUUUAUUAUUAUUAUUUCUACAGAAUAUGUGUGGGAUGUUUCUAAAUUGUAAUUUUUUCAAUAAGACAAGUGUUAACUCCAAAAGUGCCAAUUCUGUAAAAAGUGUACUAUAGCUGACGGCCUUAUUUUUACAAAUGUAUAUUGUGCCAUAAUUAUCAAAUACGCUUUUAAUAUGUUGUUUUUUUGUUGUGUGUGUGUGCGUGUGCAUGCGUGAGUGUGUGUGUGCGUGUGUGUGUAAAGGUAGCAUAAUUUGGGUAUGUGGAUAGGGCAGAGUAAUCAAGGAUGACCUAUUGAUAUAUAUGUAUUUUCAUCUCUAGUUAAUAUGUUGUAAUGAUAUAGCAUAUUGCUUUAGAACAGUGCUGCACUAAAGCAGUAUUGGACAUGAUAAUGAAUGUUUCAACUUUUUAAGUUUUGCACCUCCUGUCGUAAUAAAAUUGAAUUGAAAAAAA